AUGGAAUCAAUAUGAUUCUUGAUGAUUUGAUGCAUCGAUCACAAUCGAGUUAUUUGUUGUUGAAUUGUUUUUUUUUUUUGAAAAAAAAUCAACUUGAUAAAACAAUGGCUCCAGUGGUACAGAUUCCAGCUACAAACGGUAAUAAGACAGCAUCACAAACAACAUCGGAUAGAUCGUCGUUAACAACAACAACAACGACGACGGCUACAAAAAAACCAAUUGAACGACGUCCAGAAUUAUUCUGUAAAGUUAAAUACAGUAAUUCAUUACCAGAUAUACCAUUCGAUCCGAAAUUCAUUGUCUAUCCAUUUGAUACGAAUAGAUUUGUUGAAUAUAAACAAACAUCAUUGGAGAAAAAUUAUAAACAUGAUCUGCUCACUGAACAAGAUCUUGGGGUCACCAUUGAUCUUAUUAAUCCAGAAACAUAUGAAAUUGAUGAAUAUAAAAAUCUACGAUUAGCCGAAGAAGAUGAAAAACUUCUUGAAGAUGAAAUUGCCGCACCACAAGAUACGAAACGUUCACGUUGUCAUAAUCGUGCCAUUACUUGGUUGAAAAAAACUGAAUAUAUCUCUACGGAAUUCAAUCGAUAUGGUGCAAGUAGUGAUAAAACUGAAACAAAAGUCGGUUUUGGUGUUCGUAAACGAAUGCGUGAUGAAAAUUUCUAUCUGGAUCGUGAUAGUCAAAUUGCUGCCAUCAAUAAAACAUUUGAAUCAGCUAAGAAACCAAUUCUAUCACAUCCAGGUAAACCGGGUCUGAAACCAGUGAAAACAUGGCCAGUGUUUCCAGAUUUUGAAUUAUGGAAAUAUCCAUUUGCACAAGUUAUGUUCGAUGCUGAUCCUGCACCAUCAGAAAAAGAAAAAGAAAUGUCACAAGCUAUGAUACGUGGUGUAAUGGAUGAAAGUGGUGAACAAUUUGUUGCCUAUUUUCUACCUACCGAAGAUUCAAUGAAUAAACGCAAAAUCGAUGAACUUGAAGGUCGUGAUUAUACCGAAAAUGAAGACUACGAAUACAGCAUGGCACGUGAAUAUAAUUGGAAUGUCAAGAAUAAAGCAACGAAAGGUUAUGAAGAAAAUUAUUUUUUCGUUUGGCGUGAUGAUGCUGUUUGUUACAAUGAAUUGGAAACACGUGUAAAACUUAGUAAACGACGUGUAAAACAUACGGCAACUAAUUCAAAAUUAGUCGUAAAACAUCGACAAUUGAAUGAACAAGAAUAUAAAAUUCAAGAAAUACGUAUGACCCAGUUGGAACCACCACAAGAAGAAGAUGAAGCUGCGGCAGCGGCUGCAGCAGCUGCAACUAAAUCUGAGAUGAUGGAAUAUAAUGAAGAUGAUGAUAAUGAUGAUCAGCAACAAUCAGAACAGCAGCAACAAGAUCAAGAAAUGGAUGAAGAAGAUGAAGAUGAAGACGAUGAUGGUGGACAUAAACGAAAAUCUCGAAAUAAAAAGAAUCGUAAUGAAAGUGAUGAUGAAGAAUCAGCUCAAUCAUCAUCAUCGUCGUCGUCAUCGGCAUCUUCAUCAGCUGCUUCAUCUUCCGAAUCAUCAUCUGAAUCAAGUGAUGAAUCGGAUAAUGAAAAUCGUAAACAACAAAAACCAUCAUCACCAAAGGAAAAAGAUUUGCAAAAGAAAAAACAACAACAACAACAGGAAUCACGUGCAGCUAGUUCAGCUGAUUCAUCUGUUGAAUCAAGUGACAAUUCUGAUAGUGAUAAUGAUGGUGGUAGCGGUGUAAGUAGUGAUAGUGACAGCGAUGAUGAUCGAUGAUCGACGACAACGAACAAAGCAAAUUUUUGGUUCAGAUUCAGAUUAAUAACAAAAAACAACAACAACUUGAACAACAAAUGAUCGUAUUUCAUUCAAAUAUUUUUUGUGUUUUAUUG